CCCACAUCUUAAAGCCCCACCAAACUGGCCACAUCCCACGCAUGCUCGGCCUUAAUCCUCAGACGGCAUCAAUCCAUCAUCGACAUCGACGUCCUUCGAUAGCUCCUCUCUCCUCUUUCUAUAAAAAGCUGCAACAGAUUGGCUGUUGGCGUCGUCGAGUUACUUCGCAUGUCAGAGAACCUCUUCUUUCCCUUGAUGGAGAGCAGCGGUCCGUGCCUCUUGUGCGACGAGGAGCCCUUCCUUGUUAGUCCCACACCAUCACCGAGACCUUCUUCUUCACCUCCACCCAACGCCGACGAAGACCGAGAUAACAGCCUGCGUGAUCUCCUGGAGCGGGAGCAUCAGUAUGCGCCCCGACGUGGCUACUUAGCUUACCUGCGGCAGUCUUCCAAUCUCUCCGCUGCAAGAACCAGAGCAGUACGAUACAUCGCACAGGUUUGCAGCCGGUUAAACCUGGCUACCGGCACCGCCUUCAGCGCUGUGAACUACCUCGAUCGAUUCAUCUCCAUGAACUGUGUCAUGAGGUGGGAAGAGUGGAUGGUGGACCUGUUAUCGGUCGCCUGCCUCUCCAUUGCUUCCAAGAUGGACGAGGUCUCCAUUCCUUCGUGGUAUGAUCUCCAGAUGGAGGACCUGAGCCAUUCGUUUGCGGCGAGCACGAUCCAAGAGAUGGAAUUGAUGGUCCUCGAGAGGCUGGACUGGCGGCUCGCAUGCAUCACGCCCUUGUCGUACGUGGAAGUCCUGACGUGGGGUUCGGAGCACACACGCACUCCGUGCAUUGCUCGCACGAUCGAGCUCCUCCUCUGCGCUUUAUCAGAGAGCGAAUUCCUCCGUUUUGAUCCGUCGAGCGUGGCAGUGUCGGCUCUCAAAACCAUCGCAGGAAGCGAAGCCGGCUUCUUCUUCUCCAUGCUCCCCUUCUUGAUUCCUCUGCAACACACGGGGGAGGUUAAUGGAUGCCAGAAGAUGAUGGAUGAGCUCUCCAUACGCACGCAUUCUGUGGUUUACUUGAGAACGGCUCAGUGCGUUCCUCAUGUAGCAGAAGCAGACCCAAAUUGAAAGAAGCAGAAGAGGGAAGAGAAGCAGAGAUCCAACACAAGAAUGCAUUUUUCCUGAUUCCAAGUAUCCAAAUGUACAGCAUGCCAUGAAUCAUCAGAUUGUUUAUUUGGAAACAAACACAUCAUUCAG